UUAACAUUAUGGACACUCAAUACAUACAGAUGACAGGUCUUCUGUGUUUUUGGACUAUGGGUUUAGCAGCGGAUCUACGAUGCAAUGAUAUGUAUGAAAAAGAUGGCAGAUGUUGUGAACUUUGUCCACCAGGCACAUUUUUGAAGAAGCACUGCACCACUCAUGCCAAAACCGACUGUGGUGACUGCCCAGAGGACUCCUACUCUGAGUUCAGUGACCGCGUAGAGAACUGUCAACCAUGCCUCAAAUGCCAACAGGUCUAUGCAAGAGCAUGCACCUCAACCGCAAACGCAAACUGUUUGUGUGGCUCUGGUUUCCUGUGCUCAGACCAUGUCUGCUCAAAUUGUGAAAAGGAAAAGAAAUGCCGCAAGGGAGAGGAACUGAAGAGAACAGGUUCCAGGGAAUACACUUGGAAAUGUGUCCCAUGUCCUAAUAACACAUACUCUGACACCGAACAGGGUCACUGCAAACCAUUGACACAGUGUGAUACACAUGGAUUUAUUGUGAUCUUCCCUGGGAACAAGACCCAUAACUCAAAAUGUGGUAUACAUGAGCAAGGAAACAAAGAGUACGGGCAUUACAUUCUGGCCAUUGGCUUCUUCUUCUUUGCUGUCGUCCUCUUGGUGUUCCUCACUUAUGCCUGCAUCAGGAGAAUCAGGCACAAGCCUAACGCUAAUAUACAUGGCUUCCCACUGUCAAAAGAGGAGAGUGGAAGCCAGCUCAUCCAGCAGGCUGAAACCAAGGACAAUGCCAGCCAGAUUCUGCUGUCCAUGGCGAGCAUCUCCACUGUGUGAUAUCUUACAUCUGCUUGCAGGAGUGCUUUGACUUCAGGGUAGCAUGUCAGCUAGUCCUGAAUGACCAAAUGCUACUUCUACAAUUUGUUUUGCAGUUAGCCUGCUAUAAUUUCCUUGUCUUUUGUAAUCUUGUUUGUUGCUAUUUCGUGUAUUUGUGCAGUCUUUCAUCAAUACUAAGUAUUAUUUUAUAUAGCUUUCUUACUUUUUUGCACAAUUAAUACUGUUUUUACUCUUUCUAAAGAAUCCCAACAUUUUUCUUUUUUUAUUUAACCUUUAUUUUUACAGGUUUUUUCACAUUAAGAUAAAAAUCUAUUUUUCAAGAGAGACCUGGUCCAACAGCUACAGGGGGGACAAAGUUUCAGGCAAAACAUCUUACAACAUUUAACAAAACAUUAAACACACAUACAGUAACACAAUUACAUAUUACAUAAAAAAACACAAAUGUCAUAACUAAAAAACAGCUGUCCUAACGACAAUUACACUUUAUGAUAUUUACAUCGACCAAGUGUUUAAACUCCACCAACGUGACUAGAUCAUCUCAUUUUAAAAUGUUCAGGAGAUAAUUCCAGGACAACGGAGGUGAGUAACUAAAAUGAUUUCGACCAUGACCUGUUCUAAUUCUUGGUACUGCAAGAAAGCAAAUGAGAAUAGGACCGUAAUCUAUAUUUAUUUACUGACCUGAUUAAAAAAGAACAGAGAUAGUGACAUUAUACCCAAUAUGGCCUUUUAAAUCAGUGUAUACCUGUGUUUAAGACUACGCAAGGUCAAUGACGACCUGCCAACGGCGCAGUAGAGAUCACAAUGACAUGCUAGACAUUUUUGAUUGGUAAUGAACCUGAGGGCCUCAUGAUAUGCUGAAUGAAGUGCUCUCAGGGUAGUAGUUGAGGCCUGUAUAUAUACACAGUACCAGUCAAAAGUUUGGACACACCAACUCAUUCAAAGGUUUUUCUUUACUUUUCUAUUUUCAACAUUGUGGAAUAAAAGUGAAGACAUCAAAUCUAUGAAAUAACACAUAUGGAAUCAUGUAGUAUCCAAAAAAGUGUUAAACAAAUCAAAAUAUAUUUUAUAAAUUAGAUUCUUCAAAGCAGUCAGCUGUGUGCUAAGGGUUGUUGUCCUGUUGGAAGGUUAACUUUCGCCCCAGUCUGGUGUCCUGAGCGCUCUGGAGAAGGUUUUCAUCAAGGAUCUCUCUGUAUUUUGCUCCCUUCAUCUUUCCCUCAAUCCUGACUAGAAUUCAAGUCCCUGCAGCUGAAAAAUAUCCCCAUAGCAUGAUGCUGCCACCACCAUGCUGCACUGUAGGGAAGGUGCCAGGUUUCCUCCAGACAUAACACUUGGCCAAAGAGUUCAAUCUUGGUUUCAUCAGACCAGAUAAUCUUGUUUCUCAUAGUCAGUCCUUUAGGUGACUUCUGGCAAAUUCCAAGCGGGCUGUCAUGUGCCUUUUACUGAGGAGUGGCUUCCGUCUGGACACUGUCUUGACGUCUGUCUUAAAGGCUCUAUCAUCUCUACAGAGGAGCUCUGUAGCUCUGUCAGAGUGACCGUCGGGAUCAGACCAUUUCUUACCUGAAUAUGUUACUUUACUUUGAUUUGUCUUUCCUUCCAGGUUACCCAUUUGGUCAUUUUGUAAAUAUAUAUUAUUUUCUGGAACCAUUACAUGUACCCAUCUCAUUGUUAUUUAAUUAUUAGAGAUAUAUAUAUUUUUUAAAUAGCACCCGCCAUAGGUCAUGUCCGCAAUGGUCAUGUGAGAUGAAAUGUCUAUUUUGGGAUGUGAACACUCAGUGUGUUGAACCUGAUGAAGAUCUGUUUCGAAUCGAAAUGUUGUCAAUAAAACAGUGAAUUGGGAGCUUUAACA